GGGGGGUGAGGUGUUGAGGUUUUUCCCCCAGGUGCUUGCAGGUUUCUUGGUCUGUACUGCAGGUAGAGCUUCCUCCUAUGAGCUGUCCUUCUCCAGAACUACAGUGGUGGGUCUUUCCCUGGUGCUGCAGCUAUCAGCUGGGGUCACGUUCCCAGCGUAGGCUGGAGCUCUUGCAGCUUCUGGAGAGGAAACUGUGGCUGGGGGAAAUCAGCCGGGGAGAAAUCUGCUUCAGGGAGGAGGAUGAAAGGUGAAGUCUCUGGAGACAGCAGAACUGUGAGUGGUAUCCCUGGGCUCUUAAAGCUGAGGGCCGAAGGUGGAAUGAAGUCCAGCAGCCGGCUUCUGCUGCUGUGUGUGUUCUGUGCGUGAGCAGGGUGAGAGAGAAAGUUCUUUGCGCUUCCAGCUCUUCAUUACAUGCAGGGGAGAGAGUAACUUCGGGUCACUGCCUGAGGCACCGGUCAGAUCCGAUCUUCAUUCCCAGCUCCAUCCCCGCUGCUCUCGGCACGGUGCCAGCACAGCGCACCUUGGCUCGCCCUUCUCCAGCACUCAGCGCCCCCUCCCCCUCGCCGGAUCCGGGUUAGGUGUGAGCCGCUGUACCCCGUCACACCGAGCAGCCGCGCGUUUGGUUCCCCUCCCGAUGAUCAAUAAAUGACGCUUGGAGACACGGCAGCGUGCGGCCAGCUUUGUGUGGGCCGGGGCCGAGCGCCGAUCCGUGCGUCACCCGGCGGCGCUGGGGGGUGGACGGGGCUGCGUCGGAGUUGUGGCUCCGUGCGGGAGAGGUGCCUCACGGCUGCCCGUAAGCGGGGGCUGAGGGGCCAAACGCGUUGCACAACCGCUCCUUCCUCACGGCGGCUCCUCGGGGAGCGGGCCGCAGCCUCGAGGAAAUGACGCGCGCGGGGUGAGGCGGCGGCUGCGGGCUGCGGCCCGCGCCCAUGUGUGCCGUGCGCCGCUGUGACCGCGGGCCGAAGGGCGUGCGGCGGGUGAGGGCCGGCUGCCUGCGGGACAGCCCUCCGCUACCGCUGCUUUGCGCUGGGGGCGCGGCCUCACUCCCACCCCGUGCGCUCGGGGAGGGGCUCGGAGCGGGCGGGCCUCCCCCGCGGGGCCUACUCCGUCCGCCGACGUGGCGCCCGUUGCCACGGCGACCCCUCGCUCCCGCCCCCUUCCUCUCUAUCGCGGCUCUCAUUGGUCGAGUUUCGGGGAGCUGCGCGUGACCCCCGCUCCGGUUGGCGGCGCUGCGAGGCGGGCGGGCCAGUGAGGACGCGCGGGGCGGUUCCGCCUCCGCCUGCCAUUGGCUGCGCGCCGGCGGAGGCUAUAAAGGGGGCGGCCGGCGGCGGCGGCGCCGCGCGGAGGGAUGGAGGCGGCGGGCGAGGAGGACGUGGCGGCGCUGCGGCAGCGGCUGGCGGCGGGCGGGCAGGGCCACGUGCUGCGCUUCUGGCCCGAGCUGGGCGCGGCGGAGCGCCGGGCGCUGGCGGCCGAGCUGAGCGCCAUGGACGUGGCCGAGAUCAACCGCUUCUUCCGCCGGGCGCGGGGCGGCGGCGGCGGAACGGCGGCGGCGGCGGCGGCGGGGCCGGACGCGCGGCUGGAGCCGGUACCGCGGGACGUGCUGGGCAGCGCCUCCCGCGACCGCCGCCUGCUGCCGGGCUGGGAGAGCCGCGGGCUGGCGGAGAUCGCGGCGGGCCGCGUGGGCGCGCUGCUGCUGGCCGGAGGGCAGGGAACCCGGCUGGGCGUCCCCUACCCCAAGGGCAUGUGCGACGUGGGGCUGCCCUCCCGAAAGAGCCUCUUCCACCUGCAGGCCCAGCGCCUGCGGCGGCUGCAGCAGCUGGCGGAGGAGCGGCACGGCACGGCGUGCAGCAUCCCCUGGUACAUCAUGACGAGCGGGCGGACCAUGGAAUCCACCAAGGAGUUCUUCCAGAAGCACCGCUACUUUGGCCUGAAGAAGGAGAACGUCAUCUUCUUCCAGCAGGGCAUGCUGCCCGCCCUGGGCUUCGACGGGAAGAUCCUGCUGGAGGAGAAGGGCAAGAUCGCCAUGGCGCCAGAUGGCAAUGGGGGUCUGUACAGGGCACUGGGGGUGCACGGCAUCGUGGAUGACAUGGAGCGGAGGGGCGUGCAGAGCGUCCACGUCUACUGUGUGGACAACAUCCUGGUGAAGGUGGCUGACCCCAGGUUCAUCGGGUUCUGCCUGGAGAAGGGAGCGGACUGCGGGGCCAAGGUGGUGGAGAAGACCAACCCCACGGAGCCAGUCGGCGUGGUGUGCCGCGUGGACGGUGUCUACCAGGUGGUGGAGUACAGCGAGAUCUCCCUGGACACGGCGCAGAAGCGGGGCCCAGAUGGGCGGCUGCUUUUCAACGCCGGCAACAUCGCCAACCACUACUUCACCACCUCCUUCCUGAAAGAUGUCGUCAACACCUACGAGCCGCAGCUGCAGCACCACGUUGCCGAGAAGAAGAUCCCCCACGUGGAUAUUGAGACGGGGCAGCUGGUCCAGCCUGAGAAGCCCAACGGGAUCAAGAUGGAGAAGUUUGUCUUUGACAUCUUCCAGUUCUCCAAGAAAUUUGUGGUGUACGAGGUGCUGCGUGAGGAUGAGUUCUCUCCUCUGAAGAACGCGGACAGCCAGAACGGCAAGGACAACCCCACCACGGCACGGCACGCCCUGAUGUCCCUGCACCACCGCUGGGUGCUCAACGCAGGGGGGCACUUCGUGGAUGAGAAUGGCACACGUCUCCCCGCCAUCCCCCGCGUCACAAACGGAAGGUCAGAUGCCGCCCCAGCUGAUGGCAAUGACAAUCUGAAGGAUGCCAGCGACGUGCCCAUCCAGUGUGAGAUCUCCCCCCUUGUCUCCUAUGGCGGGGAGGGGCUGGAGGAGCUGGUGAAGGAGCGGGAGUUCCGUGCACCUUUGGUCAUCGAUGAGGACGGGACCCACGAGCUGGUGCACAACGGCAUGUAGGCAGCGCUGGGACCCGGCCGUGCUCGGCCGUGGCAUGGCUGCAGCCGUGCCUGGCUCCGGCGUGUCGUCUGCUUCUAUUUAUGUUUUAAUUUAAAAACCAAACACUCGGUGGAUGCCCCCGCUGUGAAGCGCAGCCUCGGUGCUGCUCUUUGCACUGUGGGCGUGUAAACCUGUACAUACCAAUGGUCAGCGUACCUGCAGAGGGGUUUUAUGGUACAGGGCUGGGGUUAACCCUGGGUUUUUAUUUUUCUCGAAGCGACGUGGCUAUUUUUUUAAUAGGAUCCUUGUUACGGCCCACCCCCUUUUUGCUCAUACUUUGUACAUUGCACAACUGGAAUUGCCCCAUUAAAACCUCUGUGUCCCUCCUGGC